CGACCGUGGGACCCGAACGAAAAGUUGUGUUUUUUGUUCGGCCAUUAUUUUCUCUUACCACACAAAAGUGGGAAAAAAAGGAAAAAAAGAGGGAGAGCCAUCUGUUCAAAAUCGGCCGAUGGAGUGCAUCUAUUCACGUCGCCUUUGACCUCAACUGGAAUUACACUGCAAAAAAUCAGCAAUCGCGGCAGCAGAAGAAACAUGCGCCAUUGGAGAUCAACCUCCAAGGCGUAUUAUUUUCCAUUAAUGGCUGGCAAAGUGCCCACGCCACAUUCUGCCGCGGAGGUGACGCCACGAGGACGAUGGGUGGAGCUUGCGGCUACGGGAACCUGCACAACACGGGGCACGAGACGGACACAAUCGCCCUCAGCUUUGCCGUCUUCAACAGUCUCCGGAAAGUCGUGUUUCCCUGUCCAGGAAGGGGGAAGAACCAACUUCAUUCAUCUCCAUUAUUGUGCCAAAGAAGAAGGAGCAAGAAGAAGCAUCAAGGUUUCCGAAAUCCUGAGUCCAAAACGCAGCAGCAACUUCAUCGUCAAUUCUGAACUUCCGGAGGUUAUUUCCAAGAAGAUUGGGCGUUAGAAGCUUGAAGUUGAUAGGGGUGACCAUACGUUGAACGUUUGUUGAGCCGUAUUAUUUUCUUUCAAUCAUUCCGACCUCUACGAUAUCAAGGUAACAAUACUGAUCAUGGAGCCCCUCCCGGAGGUCAAUGAGAGUGAUGAGAUGUACGGGCUGGUGGACCACAAUUACUCUGCUUUAUUUUAACAAAUACCUUUUCGGGCG